AUGCGGGUGACCGGUGUAGAGGUGGGCCGGACGGUGGAGGAAGUUGGUGAUGAAGCAGAAAUCCGAAAAACGUGGCCCGACCACGGCUCCACCUCCCCCGACGACGGCGGCGGCCCGACCCCGGCCACCUCCCCCGACGACGGCCCGACCCCGGCCACCUCCCCCGACGACGGCGGCGGCCCGACCCCGGCCACCUCCCCCGACGACGGCCCGACCCCGGCCACCUCCCCCGACGACGGCGGCGGCCCGACCCCGGCCACCUCCCCCGACGACGGCGGCGGCCCGACCCCGGCCACCCCUCCCCCGACGACGGCGGCGGCCCGACCCCGGCCACCCCUCCCCCGACGACGGCGGCGGCCCGACCCCGGCCACCUCCCCCGACGACGGCCCGACCCCGGCCACCUCCCCCGACGACGGCGGCGGCCCGACCACGGCCCCACCUCCCCCGACGGCGGCGGCGGCCCGACCCCGGCCACCUCCCCCGACGGCGGCGGCGGCCCGACCACGGCUCCACCUCCCCUGACGGCGGCGGCGGCCCGACCCCGGCCACCCCUCCCCUGA